UGACUGACUUAACAUAAAAUAUCAAAACAACAACGAUCUAGUGUUAACGUUAUUAUCAAUUUCCUACUGCAGUGCCUGAUUCUCCUUCGUCUCAAUUUUCUGACGUACCCGUAUGAUCAAAACAAAAAUGGCCGAAGGAGGGUCUGAUGGCGGUGACUGGUGGGGUGGAUGGCUUCAGGCUGCCAAAGACAAGACUGUUUCAGCUGUCGGAUUCCUCAAACAGGACCUGGCAGAGUUUGGAUGUGUGGUUCAUAAUGAGACCAAGGAUGUGGUGGCUAAAUCUGCCUCAGUGGUUAAAGAUAAAUUGGCAACUGAACAGCCAGGUUCUACCGGCAACAUGAUGAAAGAUGGGAUCACACAUUUCUUAGGAAAUAUACAGAAAGCUCUUUAUGUUCCUCCCGAUGAUGAUGGUGAGCAGAAACUGAAGAUAACUCCAACAGGAGUGAUAUAUGACAGGGCUCAGGCCAGAGUGUAUGCCAUACAGAUUGAUCCUGGUACAUACUGUCAGGAACCAGAGGGACCCCCAGAGAAAUAUAAGGAAUGGCUGGAAAAAUUUCAGUUGGAAGAUAAAAAGGGUGAAAUCUCAGAGCUGCUUGUGGCCAGGGUGGAAGUCCGGUCUUUAUACACUCAGUUGGUUCCCUCAGAGAUCUCCCAUGCUGAUUUCUGGCGCAGGUACUUCUACAAGCUGCAUCAGCUGGAAGAGGAUGAGAUCAGAAAGAAGGACUUGAUGAAGAGAGCAGAGUCUGCUGGGGAUGAGGAUGACUUGGGCUGGGAUGAUGAUUGGGAGGAAGUAGAGGAAUUCUCAACAAGAAAUAUGUCACCAGACAAAGAAAAGUCACCAGCAUCACCAGAAAAAAUCACUGCAGUUAAGGGAGAUGCAGCAGCAUCUGCUUCCAUGCCCUCACAAAAUAUUUUGCAAACUGACGUUGAAAAAAUGCAAGCAGUUACAGCACCAAAACAAAUUGGAAAACAAGUCUCAGCAAAGACUGGGGACAUUUCCUCAGAAGAGACUGACCUAGGAGAUGGGCCUGAAAUUAAGUCUGGAGAACAACCAGCAGCAAUGGCAGUGUUUAGUAUGUUUACUCAGUCAAUGGGCAAGCUGAAAGACACUGUGAUGAAGACGCUGGAGGGGGAGCAAGAAUGGAGUUCUUCAGGUGAAGAGGAAGAGGAAAUACAAACCUCACAAGAACAGCAAAAAGAUGCUGCUACAUUCCAACAAACAAAUGUCAGUCUUGCCGAGAAAAAAGGUGAAAUUAAAUCAAAUGAAAGAAAAACUAAAACAGAAACUGAGAAACUAUCUUCUUCCACACCAGCUGAGGUGAAACAAAACACAGUAGAUGAGAACAAAAAAGCUGAAGAAUCUGAAAGAUUAAGGUUACAGAAAGAAAAGGAAGCUGCAGAAAUAGUGAAGCAGCAGCAGGAAAAAGAAGCAGCAGAAAUAGUGCGGCUGCAACUAGAAAAAGAAAAGUCUGAAAGACUAAGACAACAAAAGGAAGAGGAAGCUGAGAACCUGAAGCAACAGAAAGAAAAAGAAGAAGCAGAAAGGCUGAGGCAACAGAAAGAAAAAGAAGAAGCAGAAAGGUUGAGGCAACAGAAAGAAAAAGAAGCUGAAAGGUUGAGGCAAAAGAAAGAAAAAGAAGAAGCUGAAAGGCUGAGGCAACAGAAAGAAGAAGAAGAAAGGCUGAGGCAACAGAAAGAAAAAGAAGAAACAGAAAGAUUGCGGCAACAAAAGGAGAAGGAGGAAGCAGAAAGAUUGCGGCUACAAAAGGAAAAGGAAGAAGCUGAAAGACUGAAGCAACAGAAAGAGAAAGAAGAAGCAGAAAGAUUGCGGCAACAAAAGGAGAAGGAGGAAGCAGAAAGAUUGCGGCUACAAAAGGAAAAGGAAGAAGCUGAAAGACUGAAGCAACAGAAAGAGAAAGAAGAAGCAGAAAGAUUGCGGCAACAAAAGGAGAAGGAGGAAGCAGAAAGAUUGCGGCUACAAAAGGAAAAGGAAGAAGCUGAAAGACUGAAGCAACAGAAAGAGAAAGAAGAAGCAGAAAGAUUGCGGCAACAAAAGGAGAAGGAGGAAGCAGAAAGAUUGCGGCUACAAAAGGAAAAGGAAGAAGCUGAAAGACUGAAGCAACAGAAAGAGAAAGAAGAAGCAGAAAGAUUGCGGCAACAAAAGGAGAAGGAGGAAGCAGAAAGAUUGCGGCUACAAAAGGAAGAGGAAGAAGCUGAAAGACAGAAAGAGAAAGAAGAAGUGGAGAGGUUACGUAAAGAAAAGGAGGCUGAAAUCUUGAGGCAGCAGAAAGAAAAGGAGGAAGCUGAAUUAGCAGAAAAGCAGCGUAAAGAAAAAGAAGAGGCAGAUCGAUUGGCUUUAGCUGUUACUACUGGAGAUGAAAAGACAUCAGCUGACAAAGCUGCUGCUGACACCACAUCACCUGAGACUAGUGAUGAAGACAUACAAGGACAGAAAGACAUCCAGACUAAAGAAAAGGGAGAUCUGGUUAUGGUUGGGUCUAACAGGACAACACCCACAUCUGAGGAAAGCAAUAAUAAGGAACUGAGCAGUCUGGAAGAUGACUGGGAGAAAGAUUUUGACAUUGAGGUAACAGAGGAGGACCUGCAGCUGGCUGCAGAGACCGCUAAAAAAAUUGGUGCUACAGAAGGAACAGGGGACCAGGAUGAUGAUAUUGGUGAUGACUGGGAAGACUGGGAAUAAAAUCACCAGACCCAUACUGUACUAGAAAGAGAGGGCAAACAUUUCAUUCAUUGAAAUCUAUCAACUAUUAAGAUCAACACAAUUGACUGCCGUAUGAUAAACUGACAUCUACCUACAGUUAAGGUUGAUGAAGGGCCAGAUAUAUAGACCAUGUACCACAGAACAAUAGUUUGUACUGGUAGAUUAUCAGUUGUUGUUUAAAAUUAUGUUUUAAAUAUUCAGCUUGAUAAACUGCCACUUUUGCAAGUGCUUAAUUACUUUAAGAGCAAACCUUUUGCAUAAGUGAAAGGAUGUUUUGUAUAUAAGAGUAUAUCACAUAAGAUUCU